CUAAAACACCCACUCCUUAUAAAACUUCCCCAUUGGCUCAAUUUUCUCACAAAAAAAACCUAUUCAACGACUCGGUCAAAAGCUUUUAGGGCAAACACAUAAUAACAAAGAGUUUUCUCCUUUGAAUCUCUUUCAAUAUUCAUCUCAUACAUACAUCAUCUUAAAGAGGAGAAAGGAAGGAAUUUAUUUUAUUCAUCAAUUUGUGAAAGUAGAUGAAAAUGGAAGCACCGAUUUUCAAGAACGAUUUGAAUCUCAAGGCAACCGAGCUAAGAUUGGGCCUGCCCGGUUCGGAUGAGCCUGACACACAAUCAUCUUCAUCUUCUCAGCCGCUCAAGAACAACAAGAGAACUUGUUCGGAAUUCGAUGAUUCUAGUGAAAAGCAAGAAUGUGUUGCACAAGCUCCUAAGGCACAAGUGGUCGGUUGGCCGCCGGUUAGAUCUUACCGGAAAAAUGUCAUCCAGCAACAGAAAAAGCCCGAGCCUGAAAAUGGGCCUGGAUUUUUCGUUAAAGUGAGUAUGGAUGGAGCUCCAUACUUAAGGAAAAUCGAUCUCAAGUUCUACAACAAUUACUCUGAUCUCCUCAAGGCCUUGGAGAGCAUGUUCAAGUGCACAAUAGGCGUGUACUCGGAACGCGAAGGCUAUAAAGGAUCUGAAUAUGAACCGACUUAUGAAGAUAAAGAUGGUGACUGGAUGCUAGUUGGGGACGUCCCGUGGGAAAUGUUCAUCACUUCUUGCAAGAGAUUAAGGAUCAUGAGAGGCUCGGAAUCUAAAGGCUUGGGAUCUCUGUACUAAGACAAGAAAU